CGUGCUCACAAUGAACAGUGUGAAGAGAGAAAGGCGACAAGACAAGAGAGAAACAUCGAUUGAGCCAUUCGGUGGCUGGUUCCGGCGGCUUCUAUAGCGUAAGAACCGGUCUCCUAGGUGUGCUCCUGUUUGGUUUGAUGGAUUCCUUCCUUCAGUCUAGUUUUUCAUUAUUGCCGAUGUGUGGCGAAUUGGAAAAGAUCUCUAGUUUUGGUGCAGUGUCGGCUUAGAUGUUUUGGCGAAGAGAAGUAUAAACAAUUUUCAAUUUAUCAAAGAAGAAGAAGACAUAGAAGUGUGUCCUAUCCAUGUUUCGACAUGUUCGUAAGAAGAUCAAGCGAGAAGGAGGUUAUCAAGUUCUAACGGCGUCUACUCUUGUCUUCGCGCUUUCAAAAAAUCGUUCGGACUGCUCUAUCAAUCUCUGGCUAGGGAAUUUGCCAAUUUUCGAUGUGGUUUCAAGUGAUUCUAAUGGUCUGUAUGGCAUUUGA